CAAACUAAGCGGGGGCAGGGCAUCGCGGGGUUUGCGUUUGCGGCUGAGAUUUUUCUUCGUUUUCCGAUUUCUGAACCUCCUGGAUUUGGCCAUGUUCCAGAUUUUGAUUAAUCUUGAACCUAUCUUUUAAGUCCUGUGUUAGACUCUUUGCGAUGUCUGGAUUUCACUAUUCCAACCACAGCCAGCCAAAUGCUCAAGGUCCAGAUUAUGUCUGGGAAUAUGAAUAUUAUGAUGAACCAGUGUCAUUUGAAGGUCUCAAAGCCCAUAGAUAUUCAAUCGUGAUCGGGUUCUGGGUUGGCCUGGUGGUGUUCGUCAUCUUCAUGUUCUUUGUUCUGACCCUGCUGACAAAGACUGGAGCCCCACACCAAGAGAACCCGGAGCCAAGCGAGAAGCGAGCUCGUCUGGCCAGCUGCGUGCUGGACAUUAGCCACCCCGAGGACCCAGACAGCAAGGUAUACUCCCACCCACUGCUGGACGAGUCCCGGUCCCUCUUCCACUGCUACAUCAACGAGGAAGAGCAAGGCGGGACAGCGGGUGGGCGGGGCGGACUGGGCAGUCGGAAUCCCAGUGGCCAGGGAGACAACACCAGCCUUCAUUUUCAGGAGGCGCUGGCGGGUCAGAAGACAGACCGAGAUACCAGUUUCCUUGCGCACUUCAACAUCCCGAACUUUGUGAACUCGGAGCACAGCUCCACGCUAGGCGACAAUGACCUGCUCCUGUGUGAGCCGCCAAUCAUCCUGGACAGUGAACCUCAUGGCAGCCAUCAUAUUAUGAGCUGAUACCCCACAGCAAGUGCCGCUCAUGUCAUAAUAUUAAGCCCUAGCCCUACAAAACCAUGACACCUCCAGUUAAUAUCUUGCCGCUGAAGUGGCUAUGGCAGCAGCAUCUGAAACAGCAUCUGAAACAACAUCUGAAACCACCCAAAAAGCUCAUGAGAUUGGCAGGCGAAACCCCGCCCCUACAGCAACCGUAACAUGACAUGUCUAACUGCCAGCUAAAGCCCCUUCCUUCUAGAUGGAAGUGUACACAAAAAGGUCUCAGGUGGAAUUAUGAUCCAAAGUCUCAGGACGAUGCUCACCACUCUCAGUGAUACCUUUCUCUCCUGUCCACUCCACAAAUACAAGCCCCACCUUCUUAAAACACGUGCCUAUCUCAUGGUGCU